AUGCUUCUGGCCUAUCUCAUUGGCCAGGACAUCCUGUUCUUCUGGGUGGCCCGCAUGGUGAUGAUGGGACUCACGCUCACAGACAAGGCUCCGUUCAAAGAGAUCUACCUUCAUGGAUUGGUUCGGGACGAGAAGGGCCAGAAGAUGAGCAAGACCAAAGGCAACGUCGUGGACCCCCUGGACGCCAUCGCUGACUAUGGGACGGAUGCCCUGCGCUACGCGUUGCUGACGAGCAGCGCCGGGAGACCCAGGUAA